GUAAGUUUUCCCUGGUUUUGUUCUGCGGCGGCGUGGGCGGCGGGUGCUGGCUGGAUUCACGGGAUGGAGCGGUCUGAAAGGCAGCGACCAAAGAUGUAAAGACCAAGACAUCUACUUUAUACAGUAGAGUUUAAAAAAUGGCGAAUUCACUUCCUCCUUUGGACGAUAUUAAUUUGACUAUCGCUCUGGCACACCGGGCAGAAGUCCUGGAAAAUCCACUUCAGACAUAUCUCGUAGGAAUCAUCAUCUCUAUUUGCGGGAACGUCCUUAUCAGCAUUUCCCUUAACAUACAGAAAUAUGCACACGUUCGUCUGUCCCAGCAAGGCUCCAAGCCCUAUUACACCUCGGUGCUGUGGUGGUCCGGUCUGGUACUCAUGGGAGUUGGUGAACUUGGGAAUUUUGCUGCCUACGGCUUUGCUCCAGCAUCCCUCAUAGCUCCCCUGGGCUGUGUGUCUGUCAUAGCUAGCGCUCUCAUCUCUGUGAUUUUCCUCAAGGAGACCCUGUGCGUCUCUGACAUUGUUGGUGGCACGCUUGCAAUAACAGGAACCUACAUUUUGGUGACGUUUGCCCCCCACACCUCCACUCACAUUACAGCCCAGCUGAUCCAGUUCUAUUUUAUCAGCUGGCACUUUCUGCUGUACCUCAUGAUCGAGGUCAUUGCUUUUUGCAUCCUACUCUUUGUGUACAAGAAGAGGAAUACAAAGCACAUUGUCAUUGUGAUGCUGCUGGUGGCACUGCUUGCCUCUCUUACGGUCAUCUCAGUGAAAGCCGUGUCAGGAAUGAUUGCGGAGUCCAUACAAGGUCACCUGCAGCUCAUCUAUCCCAUCUUCUACGUUAUGCUCGUCAUCAUGGUGGUUUCGUGUGCCUUCCAGAUCAAGUUUCUCAACCAAGCAAUGAAAAUGUUUGACGCCACAGAGGUGGUUCCAAUCAACUUUGUGUUUUUCACUGCAAGUGCCAUUGUUGCAGGGAUAAUCUUUUACCAGGAAUUUGAAGACUUGGCAUUACUGAAUAUUUUCAUGUUCCUUUUUGGGUGUCUACUAUCGUUCCUAGGAGUUUUCCUGAUUGCCAGAAACAGGCCAAAAGCAAAAAAACAAGAAAGCAAUUUCAUUGCAAUGGAUAUAAUCCCAGGAGGGAGACGCACAGACAGAGUGCAGCCCGAGAGCAAAACUGAAACAUAUGGCUCCCUGGCAGCCAAGUUCAUGUGUAAUAGAGGUGGCCAAACAGAAGAUUCAUAGGACACGGCCCAUCUGUUGAGACUGUGGAAGUGUGUGAACACAUGCCGCCUACUGGGCCAAAAGUGAAUGGGCAGCACAUUUCAAUGCAUUCGCUGGACUGAGUUAUCUGCAGUACAAGACAGACCGAGGAAAAAUUGUCCACUGCUUCUAUGUGGGAUGGAACUAUUACUUAACAAAAGUAGAACCAUCUCUUAAACAAAAGGAGACAUCAAUGCGUGCGAUGCGUUUGGUGUCAUGGUUACGAUCGGUGGUUUGUGUUGACUAAACACUAACGUUGUGCCGUAUGUAAAACAUAGCAGCACUUCACCUCAAAUAAACCUCAAACCACAUGAAGACCUGAAUCUAAAGUUCAGGGUUGCCAAGCAACCAAACCCUUACUUCCCUCUUCCCUCCCACACAUUAUGGGAUGUGUAUACAAGAUUUGAUGUUUAAGUAGGAGUCUGUGCCUUCUCUCACAUGGCCUGUGUUGUAUAUUGUUAGUGUUGAGUUUUUGUUCCCACUGAUGAGCGUAGGCUAAUUUGUUGGCACCUUUGGUUCCAUUGAAGGAAAACGCAAUAAUGAUUAUUCAAAUAGUUUAACAAGGUUAACAAGAAAAAGAAAAAAAAAUGGCACACGCAACCAAGCCACAAACAUGAUUAACUCUGGGGGUGUUAGAAAAAAAUAAAUAACUGAGAUGUAUCACCAUAUUAAGUCAAUUCUCGUAUAAAUUCAAAAUCCGUCUAUCCUUUUUGAGGGAAAUAAACAAUUUGAUGCACUUGUCCUGCCGUCCAGUAGUUGGCAGCGUGCAGCAGCAUUGCUUUGCAGUCUACUGAAAUAACAACAUUAGCUUAAUCUGAGUAGAGACUUGUGUACGCCGCCCUCUAGUGGUUGCUCGGAUUAGUCCUUUUAUAAGUCUGAAAUUUGGGCUCAUUUCGGCUUUGACUGCAAAAACAGAGGCAUGGAGUAUUUAGAACCGUGCAUUUCAGCCUAGGUGGGUAGAGUAGCCAAAUAGUUUGCUCAAGUAAGAGUAGCGCUACUUCUAAAGUAGUCAUCCAAAAUGUUUAGUCAAGUACAAGUAAAAAAAAAAAAAAAAAGUACUUGAGCAUUCUUUUCACCAAAUAAAAUGUAACAUUGUAACUGCGAGAGAAAAAAAAAUUCUACAGAAAUGAAGCAGCAUUGAUCCAAAGAACAUGAGUGCCCUCGAGUGGAGAAA